AUGCAGACAUCAGAGACCGGGUCGGACACAGGUUCGACAGUGACUUUACAGACAUCUGUGGCUAGUCAAGCAGCAGUGCCUACACAGGUGGUUCAGCAAGUACCAGUCCAGCAACAGGUGCAGCAGGUACAGACGGUGCAGCAGGUGCAGCACGUCUAUCCAGCUCAGGUGCAGUACGUGGAGGGGAGUGACACUGUCUACGCCAAUGGAGCCAUCCGAACAACAACUUACCCUUACACAGAAACACAGAUGUACAGCCAAAACACUGGAGGGAAUUACUUUGACACUCAAGGGAGCUCUGCACAGGUGACUACCGUGGUCUCAUCUCACAGUAUGGUGGGCACCGGUGGGAUUCAGAUGGGCGUCACAGGAGGACAACUCAUCAGCAGCUCUGGAGGAACCUAUCUGAUCGGCAACUCAAUGGAGAAUUCUGGACACUCGGUGACACAUACCACUCGGGCUUCCCCAGCGACAAUUGAAAUGGCGAUUGAGACGCUGCAAAAGUCUGACGGUCUGUCCACUCACAGAAGCUCUCUUCUCAACAGCCAUCUCCAGUGGCUGUUGGACAAUUACGAGACAGCAGAAGGAGUGAGCCUUCCCAGAAGCACUCUGUACAACCACUACCUACGACACUGUCAGGAACACAAACUGGAUCCAGUCAAUGCUGCUUCUUUUGGAAAACUAAUAAGGUCAAUUUUCAUGGGGCUGCGAACCAGGAGAUUGGGAACUAGAGGAAACUCCAAGUACCAUUACUAUGGGAUUCGUGUCAAGCCUGAUUCCCCUCUUAAUCGCCUCCAAGAAGAUAUGCAGUAUAUGGCUAUGAGACAACAACCCAUGCAACAGAAACAAAGGUACAAGCCUAUGCAGAAAGUUGAUGGGGUUGCAGAUGGUUUCACAGGAAGUGGUCAACAAACAGGCACAUCUGUUGAGCAAACUGUAAUUGCCCAAAGUCAACAUCAUCAACAGUUUUUAGAUGCAUCUCGAGCACUUCCAGAGUUUGGAGAAGUUGAAAUCUCUUCUCUGCCAGAUGGUACUACCUUUGAGGAUAUCAAGUCACUGCAGAGUCUUUAUCGAGAGCACUGUGAGGCAAUAUUGGAUGUUGUUGUGAAUCUUCAGUUUAGCCUGAUAGAAAAAUUGUGGCAAACAUUCUGGCGCUAUUCUCCCUCAACUCCAGCUGACGGCACUACCAUUACCGAGUCAAGCAAUCUGAGUGAAAUAGAAAGUCGACUUCCGAAAGCAAAGCUGAUAACUCUGUGCAAACAUGAGUCUAUCCUGAAAUGGAUGUGUAACUGUGACCAUGGGAUGUACCAGGCUUUGGUGGAGAUUCUCAUCCCCGACGUCCUUAGACCUAUUCCUAGUGCCUUGACCCAAGCCAUUCGAAAUUUUGCAAAAAGCCUUGAAGGUUGGCUUUCCAAUGCCAUGAACAAUAUUCCACAAAGAAUGAUACAAACCAAGGUUGCAGCUGUAAGUGCCUUUGCCCAGACUCUGCGAAGAUACACGUCGCUCAAUCACCUGGCCCAGGCAGCUCGUGCAGUGCUUCAGAACACUUCUCAGAUCAACCAGAUGCUCAAUGACCUCAACCGUGUCGACUUUGCCAAUGUCCAGGAGCAGGCUUCCUGGGUGUGCCAGUGUGAUGACAACAUGGUUCAGAGACUAGAAACAGACUUCAAGAUGACUCUUCAGCAGCAGAGCACCCUGGAGCAGUGGGCAGCGUGGCUCGACAAUGUGAUGAUGCAAGCACUGAAACCCUACGAAGGAAGACCCAGUUUUCCUAAAGCUGCCAGGCAAUUUCUGCUUAAAUGGUCUUUCUACAGUUCAAUGGUUAUUCGGGACUUAACUCUACGCAGUGCUGCUAGCUUUGGCUCCUUCCACCUGAUCCGUCUACUCUACGAUGAAUACAUGUUCUACUUAGUAGAACAUCGUGUUGCUCAGGCAACAGGAGAGACACCCAUAGCAGUCAUGGGUGAGACAUACUUUGUAGGUGAAAAAAAUACUACUAUCAUGGAACUUUUUAUAAGCAAACUUCCAAAUUUUGGUGAUUUAAAUGCUGUGUCUCCUGGAAAUCUGGAUAAAGAUGAAGGCAGUGAAGUGGAAAGUGAAAUGGAUGAGGAAUUAGAUGACUCUUCAGAACCUCAAGCCAAAAGAGAGAAAACGGAGCUGAACCAGGCAUUUCCGGUGGGUUGCAUGCAGCCCGUUCUCGAGAGUGGCGUGCAGCCAAGCCUCCUGAAUCCAAUUCACAGUGAGCACAUCGUCACAAGUACUCAGACUAUCAGACAGUGCAGCGCUACAGGAAAUACCUACACUGCAGUCUAA